UCAGACAAGCCAGCUUCUGCUACAGCUGCUUCUGCCAUGUAGUAAUGCUUGUUUAUAGCCCAGCAGCCCACCCUCGCCACGUCACGAGUGCCUCUCACCCUCAUCCGCAACAUCAAUCGUUUCUUUAAAGAUACACAAGUUCGUGUAGCCACCAUCCCAGACUCCAUCUGCAUAUCAAACAACUUCCACUUAAGCAGUUUAAAGGUCUAUUUUAAGCGGAGUGCAACGCAGAUUAAAAUUGGUUUUGAAGUAAGGCGUAAGACAAAGGUCCGGACAUGCGUUGUGUUUGAGGUGGGUGGAGUGCGGAGGACAUGGGGCGUGCCGGUUUGGCCCUGGAGCCUUGGGUGGGCAAUGAGCAGCCUCAGCAGCUCAGUCCAGUUGUCUUUGAUUUAUUGCCGGCAUUACCGCGAGCGGUAUGUGGCCGGCUUUUAGCAGCUUUUCACUAGUCUUGCACAACUGACUCGCAUUGAGUAUUGGCCAGACUUGCUUACAGCGCAUUACCCCGAUCAAGCUUUUCUCAGUGGCUACCAGAUACUGAUCUAUCAAGGACAAAGAACAUAAGAGCGAGAAGUGAAAGAAAAAAAGAAGGCCACAGGCGGCGCCACGCUCCUGCUUGUUUGCGCGCAGCCCGUAGGGCUGUGGCGCAUUCCUUCCAGGCAAACAGGAUUUCAGCAUGCCAGAACUCAUGCGAUUAGACCGCGAUUUCUUGCGUUCAUUAGCCGGGCCGGAGCUCGGUCCUUGGAUCAGAGCAGCAUCAACCAAUGCAGCAGCAAGCGCUUAGUACACCAGCGACAGCAGCGGCAGAGGAGCGGCCCACACCGGGCGAGUCCAGAGGUUUGUGGUGUCUGUGCAGGGUCCGCGGCCGGCCGACAAAUGGGAUGUGCCGCAUUGUAUUUGAGCGUAUUAGUACUUUUUUCCCGUUUAGUCCAUGGCACUGGGUGACAGGCCCCCGGCUGGUGCCCGGGUCAACAAACUUCCGGAGGGUCCCGGGUGAACAAACCUUCCGGCUGGUGCCCGGGUGAACAAACCUCCGGUUGGGCAUGCCGGGUGAAUAACGCCUCCGGCUGGUGCCCGGGUGAACAAACCUCCGGCUUAGCAUCCGGGUGAACAACUGCCGGCGUACACGGUACGCACUAACAUGCUCUAGCUGUGUGAUGCCUCAGAAUAACCGGCUUAUCAUCGGCAGCAGCAAAGAAUGGGUACAACGGGUCGGCGUGCAGGCGGCAGGAUCACCAGCUGCAGCGGUGCAACCUGCUGCAGCUUGCGCGGCGGGGUUCCCAGGGCGCAGCAGCAGCAAAGGCGGGGCAUAACGGGGCGGCGGCCGAGACGGGCGGUGGCUAGCGGGGGCCGAAGCCGCCACCGCCGCGACACAGUGCCGCUGUCGGCACGCUGCAGACUGAGAAAUCUAGGAACGGUGAGGGGGGUGAUGCUCAGGGCGGCGCCUGCGGGGUGGCUUGGCGCCGCCUGCUCUUGGCGGCGUCUGCGGGGCGGUUUGGCGCCGCCUAAGACUAGCAGCACCCCGCAGAUCGUAAGGCAUGGCUGGAGCUGAUGGUGGAACGGGGCAGUGCAGGCGUGGGACAUGCGGACGGCCGCAUUGGCGGGUCGGAGCAAACGCUGGGACGAGAGUCAGCUGCGGCUUGCGGAUUCGUGUAGGGGGGAUGUAUGGGCACGCAGGAAUGUGAAUGGGGGUAGUUGCUGCCCGGCGUGUUGAGAAGCCGGCCGGGCAGACUUUUGUGGGCGGCGGCCGUGACCGGCGCCGCCAGGCCGUGCCGCACGGGGGCCUAAACGGAGAUAGGUCUUUGCCCCGCGGCACGGCUACCAAGCCCCUCUUCUGUUUCGCUGCCUCCCGGAUAUUUGGAGCUUUGCCAUUUUGUUUGUGGAAAGGGACGGGCCGCGCAGGUGGCUGUAUGGGUGUGGCCCUUUUGAGACGGAUGACAUCCAGACAUGACGAGUAUGUGGCUGUACGGAGUGAGGUCAUGUGUAAGCGUUGCGUGGUGUGAUCUGGAAGGACCUCUUGUCUGCAGCCGACCAUCUCAAAGGUCUAUUUUAAGCGGAGUGCAACGCAGAUUAAAUUGGUUUUGAAGUAAGGCGUAAGACAAAGGUCCGGACAUGCGUUGUGUUUGAGGUGGGUGGAGUGCGGAGGACAUGGGGCGUGCCGGUUUGGCCCUGGAGCCUUGGGUGGGCAAUGAGCAGCCUCAGCAGCUCAGUCCAGUUGUCUUUGAUUUAUUGCCGGCAUUACCGCGAGCGGUAUGUGGCCGGCUUUUAGCAGCUUUUCACUAGUCUUGCACAACUGACUCGCAUUGAGUAUUGGCCAGACUUGCUUACCCACCCGCCCACCCUGCAAGUCUGUUUGGAAAGUGCCCGCUGGCGUUGAGGGGUCUUACUGUUGCAAUGGCGUUACUGUUUAUGCUACACAGUAUCCGGGGGGUAGUUGCUGCCCGGCGUGUUGAGAAGCCGGCCGGGCAGACUUUUGUGGGCGGCGGCCGUGACCGGCGCCGCCAGGCCGUGCCGCACGGGGGCCUAAACGGAGAUAGGUCUUUGCCCCGCGGCACGGCUACCAAGCCCCUCUUCUGUUUCGCUGCCUCCCGGAUAUUUGGAGCUUUGCCAUUUUGUUUGUGGAAAGGGACGGGCCGCGCAGGUGGCUGUAUGGGUGUGGCCCUUUUGAGACGGAUGACAUCCAGACAUGACGAGUAUGUGGCUGUACGGAGUGAGGUCAUGUGUAAGCGUUGCGUGGUGUGAUCUGGAAGGACCUCUUGUCUGCAGCCGACCAUCUCAAAGGUCUAUUUUAAGCGGAGUGCAACGCAGAUUAAAUUGGUUUUGAAGUAAGGCGUAAGACAAAGGUCCGGACAUGCGUUGUGAUGAUGAUGAUGUGUUACAGGGUUGGAAGUGUGCAUUCCUGAACCUGUAACGAGACUAACCG